AUGGGGCCGGGGCGCGGGGCGGGCGGGGGGCGGCGGGGGGCCGUGGCGCUGCUGUGGGUGGCGGCCGUGCUGUGCCAGCUGGGCACUGGCAGCGUCCUCCGCCGCCGGCUCCACGCCGCCGGGGUCCCGCAGCGGCGGCUGAGCGGCGGCGAGCGGCGGGACGUGCAGCGGGAGAUCCUGGCCGUGCUGGGGCUGCCCGGCCGGCCCCGGCCCCGCGCCCCCGCCCGCGCCCCCGCCGCCGCCGCGCCGCUCUUCAUGCUCGACCUGUACCACGCCGUGGCCGGCGAGGAGGAGGAGGAGGACGGGGAGGAAGCGGCCGUGUCGCGGCCGGUGCUCACCGGGCUCAGCACCCAGAGCCCCCCGCCCGGCAGCGUCGUCAGCCACGCGGACACCGUGGUCAGCCUCGUCAACAUGGUGGAGCAGGACCGGGACAUGUUCUCGCCGAAGCCGUACUGGAAGGAGUUCAGGUUCGACCUGACCCAGGUGCCCGCGGGCGAGUCCGUCACGGCCGCCGAGUUCCGCAUCUACAAGGCCCGGGGGACGUCCUGGCACGGCAACAACAGCCUCCACAUCAGCAUCUACGAGGUGGCUGCAGGGCACUCCAACAGGGAAUCUGACCUGUUCCUGCUGGAUGUCCAGGACCUGCGUGCUGGGACAGAGGGUUGGCUGGUGUUUGACGUCACAGCCGCCAGCAACCACUGGUUACUGGAUCAGAAAUACAACCUGGGGCUGAGGCUCUAUGUGGAGACAGAUGAUGGGCACAGCGUCGAUCCGGGCUCGGCGGGGCUGUUGGGGCGCCGGGGGCCCCGCUCCAAGCAGCCCUUCAUGGUGACGUUUUUCCGGGCGAGUCCCAGCCCUGCCCGUGUCACACGAGCGGCCAAACCCCCGAGGAGGCGGCAGCCCAAGAAGACCAACGACCUCCCACAUCCAAACAAGCUCCCGGGAAUUUUUGAUGACGUCCACACCGCGGACAGUCGGCAGGUCUGCCGGCGCCACGAGCUCUACGUCAGCUUUCAGGACCUCGGCUGGCUGGACUGGGUGAUCGCUCCACAGGGAUACUCAGCCUAUUACUGCGAGGGGGAGUGUGCCUUCCCCCUGGACUCCUGCAUGAACGCCACCAACCACGCCAUCCUGCAGUCCCUGGUCCACCUGAUGAAGCCUGAGGCCGUGCCCAAGGCGUGCUGUGCCCCCACCAAGCUCAGUGCCACCUCUGUCCUCUACUACGACAGCAACAACAACGUCAUCCUCAAGAAGCAUCGUAACAUGGUGGUGAAAUCAUGUGGCUGCCACUGAUGGACAGGUUCCAUCCCUGUCCCUUAACAUCCCAUCCCCACCUCUGAAUGCCCCAUCCUCAAACAUCCCAUCCCUGAACAUCCCAUCUCCAUCCCUGAACGUCCCAUCCCACCCCCACCAGAGCAAUGUGACACUGGGUUUCUGCUGCAUGUGUGGAAGAGGAGUUUCAUGGGCUGCAUCAGAGCCAAAGUCCAUUAAUAAUAAUAAUAAUAAUAAUAAAUAAUAAAAAUAAAUCCCUCCCGCCCCUUCCCAGAAGUGGAUGUAAAUAAUAUAAAACUUCUAUUCUCUUACCCUGCUUAAUGAGACACAUAGAUAUACAAGCAUAUAUAUAUAUAUAUGUAUAGGAAAGAGAGGAUUUGUGGCUGGUUCUGUGUCUGGUUUGUCUGUGGCUGAUGUGUUUUCCCCUCAUGCUGCUGCAGUCUCUGGUGGAAGCAGUUUAAGGGUAAUUAGGACAAGGGAGGCAGCAUCUGAGUUGCUCUGGGAUUGAGCUGUUUCUAGCUGUGUAUUUCUAACUAACCCACCUCUACCCAGUGCUUUUAAUUCCCUUAAUGAAAAUAUCAUCAGCCAAUUAAGUAGCUGGCUGACUAACCCGCUCCUGUUUACCUAAAGUUCACCAAACUCAGCCACUUGGAAAAAAAAUAAAAUAUCCAUAUUGAGCUACGGCACUGUUAUAAA